GCCUUUGACGGCCUCUCAACAAUCAGUUUAUCAUGACAGGAAAAGUUUGGAAGAGUUAGACAAUGAAUUUUCUGAAGAGAUUUUACCUAUUGUUAAACUAUUCACUGAUCAUGGUGAUGUGUUACAGACCACCCGCAUUAGAUGUGAAGUGUGUCAUUCUAUUGCACGUCAUAUUAAAGAUUUCUUAAUGCUAAAUGCUACUCAAGAGAUUACCAUUCAAGAAGGCAUUCUCAUAUGUUCAUUGUUGAGACUUCAAACCCAACAUACACCAGAAAAACCAGAGAUUAUUGAUUUACCUGCACCAACCACUAAGAAUCAUAUUACAGUUUCCGAACAACAAAAUGACGAUGAUGAUCAAAAAAUUUGGGUUGUUCAUUUGAGUGAUUGGCAUUAUGAUUCAGAAUAUGCUGAAGGCUAUGAAGUGAAUUGUGGAGAACCAGUCUGUUGUCGUGCACCAAAUGCUUUUGGUGAUAAAGCCACCACUCCUGCUGGUAAAUGGGGAGACUAUAAUUGUGAUGUCUGGGCUGAAACUUCAUCAACCAUAACGGAUAAUAACAAUAAAACUGCAAACAUUUGGCGUAAAUUUUUCACUUCUGCCCCGUUUUUCCCCGUUAUUGGAAAUCAUGAAUCUGCACCAGUCAACUCUUUUCCAACAUCUUCUAUAAGUGAUAUAGCAUCUGUAUCUUGGUUGUAUAGCACAUUGUCAUCACAAUGGAAUGAUUGGCUUUCUGAUGAUGUUCUUGAAUCAAUUGAAAAAAAUGGAUUUUAUUCUGCAAAAUUGGCUAAAUACAAAUUACGAGUUUUAGGUAUUAAUACAAAUUAUUUCUAUAAAUUAAAUCUUUGGCUUCUUAUGAGACCAAGAGAAGAAUGGGAUCCUGAAUGGAUGUUAAAAUGGGUUGUUAACCAACUGGAUGAAGCAGAAAAACUUGGUGAAAAAGUCUGGAUAUUGGGUGCCGUUGGUAUUGCAUAUAUAGCUCCAAGCGUUACAUCUUUUAAAAACAUGAAUCCUGCCUUCAGCAUAAUUGAAAUUGAUAAUUUAAUAAUUUGUAUUGUUUAUAGAGUGUAUGAAAUUGAUAAAGUGACAAAAAAAAUCCUUAACCAUUAUACUUAUUCAAUGGAUCUUCAAGAAGCGAAUCGUCUUGAUAAGCCAGAAUGGAAAUUGUUAUAUGAUGCAAAAUCAUUAUACGGACUUGAAAAUCUGGAACCAAAGAAAAAAUUCAUUAUUGAUACAAAUGCUUAUAAAACUUUUAAAAAAACAGCUUCUCGAAAUCAUCAUCUCGACAAAUAUGGAUCAUGUUCGGCACUUGAUACGCAAUGUCGUAAUCGUAUUAUAUGUAAACUUCGUGGCACUAACUCUGGUCAUGGUCCAUAUUCUGAUAGUGAACUUUGUAAAAAACAUGGAUGGCUUCCUCAUUUACCUGAUGAUUGGUUUUUGAAUGCUGCAUUGGGAAAACAUGUUGAUUAUGAGAUUUGUUACGGGAGGUGA